AUGUUAUCAAAAAUCAAAGCAAAGAAUUCAAAACGUAAUUCGAAAGAUGAUAGUCAUCGUAAUUCACAUGUCAAUGAAAGUCAUCAUACACCAGAAAUAAACGAUGUUAUUACGUCGAAUGAUAAUGAACGACAACCAAUUUCUGACGCUAAACUUCAUCGAAGAAAUCCAUUGACAGUUCGACAAGAAAUUCAACGUUUCGAUGAUCCUAUAGCAGAAACAACUCUUGCCGAUGUAGAAUUAAAUGAAUUGCCAGGCUUACAAAAUACCGAACAAUGGAAACGUAUUGCUGCACGAAUUGGUCAAGUAUCACCACCAUUAUCUCGUCAAUAUUAUCAAACAAAUAUUUCUAUAAUUGAAUUACAACAUGGAGAAAUGUCACAAGUCUUAGGAUCAUAUCGUCGACCAGGACGAUCAGAAAAUGAACAAGAUACAACAGUUACACCUCCAACGGGUUUAAAAACAGUACGUCGUAAAAUUAUAUUUGGUAUAACAAUUAUUACAAUUAUACUUAUGAUUAUAGUUGCAAUCAUUGUUGCAGUUAUUUUAGUUCGAAAACCUAAACAGAUAACAACAGAUUAUUAUUUCGGUUCUAUACAUGUUCAAGCUGUUUUUGAUCCAGUACUUUCAUCUAGUUCAUCAACAUUAGCUAUGAAUUAUGAACGAGAAUUUUGUACAUUAAUCAGUACGACAUUAUCUGAUAGAAAAACCAAAUAUGCAAUAUUUUAUUCGGCAUGUGACGUAAUUCGUUUUCGUAAUGGAAGUAUAAUUGGUGAUUUUGUACUCGGUUUUACACGUUAUCAAAAUGCAACACGACUUAAUGGAUUUCUUGAACGUACAAUACUUUAUGAACAAUUAUUUGGUGGAACUAUUUUAUCGAUAGUAUUUAAUGCAACAACACAAAUCAGUCUGAAUAAUACUGAUUAUGAUACUGAUUAUGACCAACAAAAUGCAGCUAAAUCUUUAGCAACUGAAGAAAUUGUUUUAAUAGAUCGUUCAGAUAAACAGCAAUCGGAAGUUAUAAAUACAACAACUGAAAGAGCUCAGACGAAUUCCAAAGACACCACAAAUCCAUUUACAUUAUCUGAUAUUUCAUCCUUACCAGUAACUACAAACCAAUCUAAAUCAUUUAGUGAACGACAAAAUCAAACUGAAAAUGAUUUGCAUAAUAAUCAAUCGUCUUAUACCAAUAUAUCUUUGACUACCGUAGUAUCUCAUUCACAUAAAUCAAUACAAACAACAAAUUCAUUGAAUAGAAUAUAUUUUACACAAAAUACAACAUCAUUAGAUUAA